AUGACUGAGCAGGUAUCAUGUCUCGAUCUCAGGCAUUUUAAAGUGGCCAUUCACCACAAUGUAUGGCUGGCGUUUCGAUGCGGUGAGGGACUGGCUGUUGGGCACUGGAGCAGUUCCUUUGAGCCAUCAGGGGCUACAUCAGUUGGCUUCUGGAGUGUGGACAUAGCAACUGGCAGCCUUUUUGCGCGAGGAAUGCAGGAAUGUCUGCUGCGGGCUGUCGCACUAAACAAUGGUCAGACGAUGAUCCCUUGUGUUCUGAGGCACCCAGUUCUUCAUGGAUCCUGGCAUUUUGGGAUGGAGCAUUUGCCAGCUAUGUCCCCAGAUACUUUAUGA